GAGUUUACUCACACAUGUGGGAAUCAUGGUGUACGAUGAUUGAAUGAAAUGACUAGUAAUUGAUUCCAAGCCCCACUGAAAGAGCGAGUCAGUACGUACGAAAUCCGCGCAUAUUCGAACGUCGAGAUGGCAUUGACAAAGUUAUCCAGAGGCACGAGCUUAAUCAAGCAGAACCAGAAUGUCUUCCAACGGUUCUUUGCAUCCGCCACCAACAAAGCCGUCUACAACUGGGAAGAUCCGCUGAAUCUGGAGUCGCAGCUAACGCAGGAGGAGAAAAUAGUCAGAGAUUCAUUUAAGACCUAUUGCGAGGAAAAGUUGAUGCCGCGUGUCAUUGACGCAAACAGAAAUGAAGUAUUCGAUAAGGAGAUCAUGAGCGAAUUCGGAGAACUUGGUGUUUUGGGAUGUACCAUUAAAGGAUACGAAUGCGCUGGUGUUUCCAAUGUAGCUUAUGGUCUUAUCACAAGGGAGGUGGAAAAGGUGGACAGCGGUUACCGUUCCGCCGUCAGCGUGCAAUCGUCCUUGGUAAUGGGCUCUAUUGCAAAGUACGGAAACGAAGAACAGAAGCAAAAGUAUUUACCGAUCUUAGCUAAGGGCAACAUCAUCGGAUGUUUCGGUUUGACUGAACCAAAUCACGGCAGUGAUCCCGGCUCCAUGGAGACGCGUGCCACCUACAACCCAAGCUCCAAAACUUAUACCCUCAACGGCAGCAAGACUUGGAUUACUAACGCUCCAGUUUCUGAUAUCUGCGUGGUAUGGGCCAAAUUGGAAGGCAAAAUCCGCGGAUUCAUCAUCGACAAGCGCGAGAAUCCCAAGGGUUUGGAUACUCCGAAAAUCCAGGGUAAAUUCUCACUGAGGGCUUCUGCUACCGGUAUGAUCUUAAUGGACAACGUGGAAAUCCCAGAGGCUAACCUGUUACCAAACGGUAUCGGUCUUGCCGGACCUUUUGGAUGUUUAAACAACGCCCGUUACGGUAUCGCUUGGGGAGCUCUUGGAGCUGCUGAAUCCUGCAUGAAGGUGGCCAGACAGUAUGUCAUAGAAAGGCAACAAUUCCAAAAGCCUUUAGCCGCAAACCAACUGGUCCAGAAGAAACUAGCAGAUAUGUCCACAGACAUUGCUCUAGGUCUUCAAGCUUGUCUUCAAGUCGGUCGUUUGAUGGAUAAAAAUGAGCACGCACCGGAAAUGAUCUCGAUGAUCAAGAGGAACAACGCCGGAAAGGCUUUGGAAAUCGCACGCGUCGCCAGGGAUAUGCUCGGCGGUAACGGUAUCCACGAUGAGUACCAUAUCAUUAGGCAUAUGAUGAACCUGGAGAGUGUCAACACCUAUGAAGGCACCCACGACAUCCAUGCUUUGAUCUUGGGUAGAGCCAUCACCGGUCUGCAGGCCUUUAAAUAAAUUCCAUUGUAUAACUGUUUCUAUAUGUAAAUAAAUCUAUUUUUAUUGUUA